GUCGCUGUCAACACGUACAUAGAAAUACGCUGUGCAUUUACCAUGGAUACAAAUCAGUGUGCUUCGAUAUUGAUUGAGAAAUAGAGUACUGCUUACUCGACAAUGGUAGAAACUAAACUGGCGGUUCACGACUAACAUACAUGAAUGACCCUUAAGGAACGCAGAAACAAGAUUUUACACAUUACAGCCAACAAGAACAACGCUGGGUAAUGAUAAGAAUUCAGACGUACAUUCGCAAGCAACUUCUUCUGAGCCGAGGACCAGACCGGCGCUUUGGGCUUUGUCAUCAUGUCAAAUAUUACAGGGACGGCUUCAGAAAACUCAGACGAAGGUGGUAUCCCGGUCGUUGGCAUAGUGUUUAUCGCUGUAGCUGCUGUUACUGCCAGCGCUGUCAUUUGUGCUGUCAUCAUUAAGCGACGCAGAAGUACAUCUACCCAUGCACGUGAAACCGGAGCGUCUUCUGCGUCACAUACCGAAUCUGAUCUGCAACCUGAAAUACCGUUAUAUAUCGGGCCACCCAUACCACAGGAUGUGCAUACCGCAUCAGCUGAACUCACACACGCCGACAACAACACAAAGAUGGAGGGUUUGGACUCGGAUUUUGUACAGUCACAUUCGUCAUCUGGCGCCACUUCAAGCCUCCCUAACACUGCAAGGAUGCACGUGCCAAUUAUACACCCAGCUGACCGCUACAUAUUUAGAGAAUCAUGCAAUGUGGUUUCCUCGAUGGCGGAUGACCCGUAUUUUUCAUUCAACUCCGCUAUCUGCAUCGCUUCUUGUUGGGAUGGUAGAGGAGGGCGUCAGUCAGAUCAUGUAUUGCGUCAAUCGGGUUUAUACGCUCAGAUGCUGGAUGGUGGUAUAGCGCCAGAUAUGUACUCACCUUACGAUGGCCUGGUUCUCCGAGCAAGCCUCACUCAGUCAGAUCACUACACCUACUUACAUGCAUUGUAUCGUGUCUCGGAAGCACUGUCUAUAGUUCAGAGAGAAAGUGUCAUCUAUGACAUCCCCAACGUUCCUGGGCGGGCGUUUGAUGCAGCUGCGUCUGAACCAGACCACUACACUUACUUAGAGACAUUGUAUUGUCCAUUGACAGCACGAUCUUCAGUUCAGUCCGAAGGUGUCAUAUAUGAUAUUAUCAGCGAUCUGGGAGGUAACACCGGUAGAACAUCAGGCCAGUACACGCGCAUAUUCAACAUGCGCCGUUCUUCGGAACGUCAUACAAGACCUCUGUUUCCCAGUGGUGAGUACGCUAUUCCAUACCCGUCCUCAGGGAUAAGAUUUUCAUUCGAGAUUGACCACUUCAACACGCCUGGUUACAUGGAUCCUGUGACCAUGUCUUCAUUGACAAGCUAUUCGACCGAGGCUGACCACUACGACACGCCUAGCCAAAUAGAUCCUGUGAAUAAUUCUUCAUUGGCGAGUUAUUCAUCCGAAGCUGACCACUACGACACUCCGCGCAGAAGCAAACCACGGAGCUCAUGUCGAGCCACAUAUGGAAGCGAGUGAGGCAUGAAACUGACAGCCAGUUUAUUCCACUGCAAUUGUUUCACUGUGAGGUAACUGGGAUUAUAUCGGACCAGCUGCCAAACCGUCUCCAGUUUCUUGACAAACGUGAUACAAGCGCACAAUGUGAUAUCUUUGUGGAGUGCAAGCGUAUCCAGUGGUUAACGUGUCCGCUCUUCACCCAGAACGUCCGGGGUUCGAUUCCGUGUAUCCGGGUUCAUUGUGUGAAUCCUAUUUCUAGUGUCACCCGCCAGGGGAUUGUUUGAGGGGGGGAAUAUUCACCCACUCGUAUACUGUUAUAGUUAACAAAAGGUCGUUCUGACGUGACCUGUCAUUGGAUGUCUUCAGCGGUAGCGAGAACUUGUAUCUGAUUUUAAUGAGCAUGUGGUAAUCGAAACAUGUGAUUAAUCAUGUUUUGUUUAUUUAAAGCAUUAAUUGUUGAUUGUUAGCAAGGUUAUCUCUGCAACGGUUGUAAUAUGCGGCUACCAGCCGACCCGUCUCGCAUCAAAACACGGAAUAUGUACUCGCGGACAGAUGACUGAUUAACGAGACUGAUUAAUGAGUGAUUUCGGUAAUUCCUUCCAAAUUAGGUGUGUCGGAGCGCGAGACUGUCGGAUUAACGGGUCUAAAUAGCACUGAUUUAAUCGGUUCUCAUCAUCAGUAUUGGAUAAAGCCGAUUGUCGGAUUAACGAGUGCCGGAUUAACGAGACUUGACUAUGUAUGUACAUCAUGAAUAAAAGUGUUGUAAGUUGUAAUGUUCUUA